CAUGAGGUCCAGUCUUACAUGGGGCGCCUGGAGACUUCAGACAAAGAGUCAGUACACUUAGUUGAAAAUGAGAUUCAGGCAAGAAUCGACAAUAUAUUCAGCAACUUGGAACGUCUGGAGAUCCUGUCCAGCAAAGAACCGCCCAACAAGCGCCAGAAUGCUAAACUCCGAGUUGACCAGCUCAAGUACGACGCUCAGCACCUGCAGACCGCGCUGCGCAACUUCCAGCACCGCCGUUACGUCCGGGAGCAGCAGGAGCGACAGCGGGAGGAGCUGCUGGCGCGCACGUUCACUGCUAACGACUCGGACACCACCAUCCCGAUCGACGAAACUUUACAGUUUAAUGAAUCCCUCCAGAAUGCCCAUCGUGGCAUGGACGAUCUUAUUGGCAGUGGCACCAACAUCCUGCAGGGGCUGAGGGACCAGAGAGUGACAUUAAAGGGCACUCACAAGAAGAUCCUGGAUGUUGCCAACAUGCUGGGCUUAUCCAACACCGUCAUGCGGCUGAUCGAGAAGCGAGCCUUCCAGGACAAAUACUUCAUGAUUGGCGGAAUGGUUUUGACUUGCCUGGUGAUGUUCCUCGUCGUGCAGUACCUGACGUGAGCUGCCGAACUGCUGCCGGAGGAGAUCGUCUUCUGGAGCAAGACGG